CAAUGUCGAAAAAUGUACCUCUGUUCGUGAAACUCGUCAUACCCGCUGGAAAAGCUACUCCUUCACCUCCUGUCGGACCUGCCUUGGGAGCGAGGGGAGUGAAAGCUAUGGAUUUUUGUAAAGAGUUUAACGCCCAAACAUCCCAUCUCACACCUUCACUCCCUACCCCAACUCAAAUCCGAAUCAACCCCGACCGCACUUUCACAUUCUCAUUCCGUUCCCCGCCCGUCACUGACCUACUCAAAAAAGCCGCUGGGAUCGAUAAAGGUACCGGUACACCUGGAUCUGGAGCCAUAGGAGGACAAGUGAGUCUGAAACAUGUUUAUGAGAUCGCUCGGAUAAAAUGUCGUGAUGCGGAUUUGGGUGAAUUGGGUGAGGAGAGGGUCGUUAGGGGGAUAUUGGGUAGUGCGAGGAGUUUAGGAUUGGAAGUCGUUCCGUGAGUUUAUGAAUCUAUGGGUGUCAUCUUG